GUAGAACGAUAGAUUGAAUUUUUUAUUUUCUGGAUAAAUUUUUCUCUGAGAAUCUCUCUGUUUCUAAUCCGAAGACGAAGACGAGAAAUUUGUUUUCUCGGAAAGCAAUGGCGGUAGAUUCCAGGAUUCAAUGUUUUUCUUUUUCUUCUCCUUCUUCCUCCUCAAGAUUCUGAAAAAAAAAUAAUUCUCAGAUUUUCUCUUUCAUCGUUGCACUUGGAAAAGUGUGAGAAGAGGGGUACAACUGUUGCCUUCUUCAAUGCAUUAGGUGAUCUUCCCAAUGCUAAUUUUGCGCUCUUCAAGUGUUCAGGAGACUCUCCUUUGUUUUUUUUUCCUUUAAUUUCGCUUUUUUUUUCGGAAGAUCUUUGACGUAGAAAAGCUUGCGGAGACGAGUCGUUGAGAAUCUUUGUGAUUGGUAUCUUAUAAACUUUUUUUUUCCUACUUUUGUUUCUUUUUUUGUGUUCCGGUUGAAGAACCCGCUGUCUGCUCCUCACUCAAGUCUGCUUCUUACCUGAAUCUUUGAUCCGUAAUGCGAUUCCUGAAAUGAUGGGUUUUCGGAAAAUCCGAAUCUUUGGGUCUUAACUUCGAAUCCGGCGUCCGAAUCUUCUCGAAUUUGGAUUCCAUCAACAAUGCAUGAGUAGCUAGGACCCAACUCUCCGAUUCCCGCAAUCAUCCGAAUCAUCAGAGCUGUAGAGUACGAGCAAGAACUUUGUCGAUGGCUCAUUCAUGGGAUCAUCUGGGCGAUAUCGCGUCGGUGGCGCAGCUCACGGGGCUCGACGCCGUGAGAUUGAUCGGAAUGAUCGUGAGUGCGGCGAACACGGCCCGAAUGCACAAGAAGAACUGUCGGCAAUUUGCUCAGCAUCUCAAGCUCAUCGGGAACUUGCUCGAACAGCUUAAGAUCUCUGAGCUGAAGAAGUAUCCAGAGACGAGAGAGCCGCUCGAGCAGCUCGAGGAGGCUCUGAGGCGUUCUUACAUCCUGGUCAACAGUUGUCAGGACAGGAGCUAUCUCUACUUGUUGGCAAUGGGUUGGAACAUCGUUUACCAGUUCCGUAAAGCUCAAAACGAGAUCGAUCGUUACCUCAAGAUUAUACCUCUCAUCACUUUGGUUGACAAUGCCCGGAUAAGGGAGAGGAUAGAGGUUAUUGACCGUGAUCAGCGGGAGUACACAUUGGAUGAGGAGGAUAGGAGGGUGCAAGAUGUUAUUCUGAAGCAAGAAUCCACCAGAGAAGCGGCCUCGGUCCUGAAGAAGACGCUCUCCUGUUCCUACCCUAACUUGGCUUUCUGUGAGGCGCUGAAAAAGGAAAACCAGAAACUGCAGCUUGAACUGCAGCGGUCACAGUCGCAUUAUGAUGUGAAUCAGUGUGAAGUUAUACAGCAUCUGAUCGAGGUUACCGAAGCUGCUGCUACUGUUGAACCUGACCCUGAAAAGGAUUCAUCUAAGAAAAGUUCCCAUAAAGAGAACAGCAACAAGGAAGAGUAUUCAUAUGGUGAGGACUCUCCAAAGAAAAUCAGUAGUCGUUCAGCUUCGAGGACCACUUCUUCUGUCUCUUCCGGACAUGAUCUGCUUUCAACUCGAUCAUCAAAGCACCGUGAAGAAUGGGAGACUGACUUGCUGGAUUGUUGUUCAGAACCUUCUCUUUGCUUGAAGACAUUCUUCUUCCCGUGUGGCACACUGGCAAAGAUUGUCACUGUGGCAACAAACAGGCACACCUCGUCAGCUGAAACUUGUAACGAGCUAAUGGCAUAUUCCUUGAUAUUGUCGUGCUGCUGCUACACUUGCUGCAUAAGGGGAAAGCUCCGGAAGAGGCUCAACAUCACGGGAGGAUUUAUAGAUGAUUUCCUCUCGCAUCUCAUGUGUUGCUGCUGUGCCCUCGUUCAAGAAUGGCGAGAAGUCGAUAUCCGUGGUGCUUACGCUCAAGAGAAGACCAAGAUAAGCCCCCCAACGUCUCAGUUCAUGGAACACUGAGUGAAUCUCUCCAUGACUAUUAAGUUCUUCACUGUUCUUACUACACGGAAAACAUAUGGUAAUAUAUAUAGGUAAGCGGUGUUCUUGUUCUUGUCGUAUCUCUGACAAGCGCGAACUUCUCGUAAAACUGUGUUUCAUUCAUGACAUCUUCAUAUGUAAAUUAGUUUUGUUGGAGUUUCAUCGGAUAUUUCAGCUCUAUGUAUCAUACAAUUAAUUUCUCUUCUUUUUCUAUAUGAUAUA